AUGUCGACGGUGAUGGAUAGCACUCGGUCAGGAAUAACUUGGUUUGAUGAGGAUAGGUGGAUCGGGUCCUAUCUCACGUUUACGGAUGCUCAGCCGUCAAGAUGGAGAAUCGAUCGCAAACUGGCAGAGAAUGAAGACCUCGCCACCGAAAGCGAUGUGAAGGAGUGCAUGAUGCCCUCCGAAGCCCGCGGCAUCUUUGUGUGUUCGAACAUUGAUGUCCCUGCUCAAGAAAAUGUCGUUAAGAUUCGGAUGCAGAUACCGUAUUUCAAUACGGCCUUCAAGUCUCGCCAAGCGAGGGCGCGACAGGCAGAUCCGGACGUGAGGGAAGCUUCACGACGAGAGGUCAGUGCCCUUGAUUACCUCACCAAAGCAGGUUGUUCAUCAACGCCGAAAUUGUUCGCAUGGAAACACGAAACCCAAGGCGAUGAUGACUGGGUACCAGGAGGCUAUAUAGACUAUAUCCUGAUGGAGAAACUUCCCGGGGAAACCCCUGGGUAUUGGUCCGGCCGCAUGAGUAGAGCAGAACGUGAUCUACUUCGGGAAUCGUUCAAGAAAGCAUGGAUGUAA